AUGCCAACUCAUGCAGAAAUGAACGUUCGACCUGGAGUAGGAUUGACGAAUGUUCCUGCAUCUUUAGGCUUAACAUUAGGUUUGGUGCAUUCACAUCCAACACAAUUAGAGACAGGCUUCUCCAGAUGGGGAGGACACUUUUUUUAUGGGGUGUUUGAUGGACAUCAUGGAAGUCGAACUUCAGAUUUUGCUGCACAGCGAAUGCCAGCUGAAAUCCUUCUAGGACAGUUAGAUGGAAAAGAAACUGACAGUGAUGUUCGGAAAAUUCUACAAGAAGCUUUUCAUGCUGUGGAAAAGGGAUUUUUUGAUUCAAUUGAUGAUUUACUAGCAGAAAAAAUAACUUUACAGCUCCACAUACAUGGUUUGAGUGAUUAUCAGGCAUACACAAAGUUUCCUGAUAUAGUUAACCAGCUACAGGAUGUUAUACGUGAGAUCUCAGCAGGAACUGCUGCAUUGGUGGCAUUGAUACUUAAAAAUAAACUAUAUGUUGCCAGUGUUGGGGACUGCCGAGCACUUCUAGUGAAGACUAAUAGUGAUGGAUCUUUACGAAUCAUCCAGCUUACUACAAACCAUGACAUUUAUAAUGAAGAUGAAUUAUUGCGAUUGUCUCAUCUAGGGCUAGACAUUGAAAAAAUUCGUCAAGGAAACAAGUUAGGCUCUCUACAUAACACAAGAUGCAUAGGAAACUACAUGUUGAAAGGAGGAUAUACUGAAUUUGAUUUUCUCAGUGAUGCUAAAGAAGAACCAGUAAUUGCUGAACCACAAAUACAGGGUGGAAUUGAGAUUGACAAAUCUUGCCAGUUUCUGGUCUUGAUGUCAGUUGGAGUUUAUAAAUCUAUUGAAGAAGCUACAGGUACUUCACAGGUGAAUGAAAUCAUUUCUGAAAUGGUUCUGGAACAAUUUCACAUGCAGUCAACAUUGGUAGGAGUGGCUCAAGCUGUAGUAGAUAAAGUUGUGCGUAUUCAUCAUGACCGAUUCGUCAGUGGAGGAGAAGAGGCUCGUCGUUGCGAGCGUCGUAAUGACAUGACCCUUUUGGUUCGAAAGUUUAACCAACCCUUUCCUAAUCCACUGGGUAGUCCUUUACGACCAGUAAGCCCAUUGAUGGGAUUGCAUUCUCCAUCAGACAUUAGUCAGUUUAAGACUGGUCUGUCCGUUAAUGUGAACCCAACAGUUGAAACGUCUGUGUAUUCUGUUUAUUCAGAAGCAGCCAGUGCUACUGUUACUUACUCGACUCAUACUGAAACAAGUAGCUCUGAGUCAUCAAGUCCAUUUCAGUCAUCUAAACAUUCUUUGCCAUUGGACAGUGAUGGCAGACUAUUACCAUAUGUUGACUUUUCUAGUUAUUUUCAACUAGUUGAAGAGGCAAAAUUGCAAGGACAUCUCUCAGAAGACUUCAUUCCAUAGCACUUGUGCAUUAAGAGUUAAUGUGACACUACCUAAAAGCUAAACUUGCUCAGUUAGAAUAAAAAAACAAAAAACAGUGAAGUAGGCUUUUGUUGUUGUUAUAUGUUGUAUUGAGGAGAUAGCACUUACAUUGAGAAGGUUUUUAAGAAUAUGAGAAAAUUGGCAAUGACUUGAUUAAAAUAUCUAUGUAACAACUAGGUCACAUAUUAUUUGCCAUAUCAUCAUGAUAUUUUGUGUAUAAAUUAUUGUUUUACAAGCCAGCUCCUUUCAUCUUACAGAAAUUGGUGUCAGUUUAUAAUGUGAAACUUUAAUAAUUUGAAAAGAAAAACUUGAUUAUAAAAAUCUGGAGGAUGACUUUCACUCAAGAAAUGUGUAAAUGUUAAGAACAGUUUCUGAAAUUUAUUCAUUAAUGAGAGUACAGUACCUAAUCAUUGAUGAAUUUAUGGUUCUUUCUUACUUAAGCAUAUUAGUCUGAAAUCAACAAGAAACUAUAGAAAGAGUCACUGAAGAGUGAUGAAAAUAUAGGUGAUUAAAUAUGACAGUUUUAUAUAUAAAAAACAGCACAAUUUUACAUGAAUUUUGUUUAGAAUAACACCCAUUUAACUUUCAUAGCAAAAAAGAGUUUAAAGGUUAGAAUGUGAGUGACAAGCAUUCAGCAAAUAUACUGUGAACAGGUUUUACUUUAAAUUGAAAUUUAUUCACUGUAAGCCUUUGUAUACUUUACUGUAGUCAUUAUAAGGCUAAACUGAAUACAGAUUUAAAGUAAGUACAAUUUUAAUAAUUGGAAGAGUAAAGCAAGUAUAUAUGUUAUUUUCAAAAAAUCUGUAACAAGCAACAGUGAGCAUCAUGAAUAAAUUAUAGAAAGCAUAACAAUUGAAUUAAAUAUGAAAAAUAAAACCAAUAGAAAAAUGAAAACUGUUACAUUAAUAUUAUAAAGAAAUGGCAUUUUAA